AUGGGCGCGAAAGUCGCGGCGACGACGCCCGCGUCGCGUCGCGCGACGUCGCGCGGCUCGCUCAGGGUGGUGGCGGGGAACGACUACGAGGGCGGUCUCUUCGCGCCGAUCGUCGUCGUCGCGCGCGAUGUCAUCGGGGUGAAGCGUUUCAACCAGAUUCGCGGCAAGGCCAUCGCGCUCCACUCGCAGGUUAUCACCGAAUUCUGCAAGGAGAUCGGCGCGGACGGCAAGGUUCGCCAGAACCUGAUUCGCACCGCGAAGCAGAACGGCGGGAAGCUCGGCUUCCUCGCGUAA